AUGUUCUUCGACGCCGUGGAAGCGGGUGCACCGGACGUCAUGUACGGGCUCAAAAUCGCAGCCGAUGGAGACCAGAGCCCACUGAAGGUAGACCUGGGGGUGGGGAUUUAUCGAAACGAGCUGGGGGCGUACAAUGAGAUGAGUGUUCUAAGAAAGGCCAAGGACGAGCUAUAUGCGCUUAAUCCAGACCAUGAUUACGAAGUCACUACUGGAAAUCCCCGGUAUUUAGCCAACGCUGCAAAGGUCGCAUUCGGCGGCGACUCUCCGGUCCUCGAUGAAUCAAGGAUUGCAUCCGUCCAAACGAUUUCCGGCACCGGGUCCAUACACCUUGCACUCAUGUUCCUGGCUCGUUCCCCCGAGGGCAAGAAUCGCCAAGUUUAUAUCGGAACCCCGGCAUGGGGGAAUUACGUGCCGAUGUGCAAUCUGGCAGGACUGGAAACCAAGACGUACACCCAUUAUAAUCCCGCGACCGGGGGAGUCGAUUUUCCAUCCGUUCUCGACGCCGUACGUACAGCCGAUGUAGGCAGCGUUUUCAUCCUGCAAGGAUGCUGUCACAAUCCGACCGCGGCGGACUUCAGCAGGGAGCAGUGGCGCACGCUCGCCGUGGAAAUGAAGAACCAUCAUUUGCUGCCGCUCUUUGACAUUGCGUACCAAGGUCUGGGAGACGGUCUUGAUGAGGAUUCCUACAGCGUCCGAUAUUUUGCGCAGAUGGGAUUCGAAAUGAUUGUCUGCCAGUCCUUCUCCAAAAGCCUGGGUCUUUAUGGUGAGCGCGUCGGUGUUUGCCAUGUUGUUUGCGCCUCCAGAAGCCAUGUCUAUCCGGUUCAUGACCAGCUCCGCUGUUUGAUCCGAUGGGAGUUCUCAUCCUCCCCGGCCUACGGGUCCCGUUUGGUCGAUUUGGUGCUGUCGGAUCCUUUGAAAGAAGCAGAGUGGAAUUCCGAGCUAUCUCUUAUUCGAAGCCGUCUUCGGUCUAUUAGAGAAGCUCUUUUCCGUCAGCUGAACGAUGUGCUCAAGGUUCCGGGGAACUGGGGCAUUAUUCUGCAGGGAAAAGGUCUUUUUUGUCUUUUGCCGCUGUCCCCUGAGCAGUGCAAGGAUCUUCGGGAAAAGCACCACAUCUAUAUUGUGCCCAAUGGUCGGAUCACCUUGUCCGGUCUUUCGGAUCGCAACAUAGAGUAUGUAGGGCGCUGUAUCAGCCAGGUCGUUGAGGAUAGCCCAUGA